AUGAUUGGUUUACCUAAAUCUGGAAAAAGAACUUUAUUAAAUUAAAUUUCUUGUAAAUUCAAAAAUACUUAAAUAUAUUCAGGAGACCUAAUAACAGCAUUAAAGUAUUCUAAAUUUAAUUUUCUUUGUUUCCAUAAUAUAAAUAACAACUCAAUCCAAAAUCAUUUGAAUCCUGUUUUUCAUAAAAUAGAUGCUCUUAUCUUUGUAGUCGAUUCAUCAAAUCUGGCAGAUAUAAAAAAUGCUCAUAUAUUAUUGCAAUCUUAAUUAAAAUAACUAAAUGAAAUACCAUUCCUACUUAUUAUAAGUAAAUAUAAUCUAGCAUAAAUAACAAUAUAAGAAAUUGUUAUUUAGUUUGAACUAAUUAAAUUGAGAUAACCAUGGUUUGUUAAGACAGUUGGAUCUGAAAUAUCAGAUACAGAAACAGCUAUACAAUGGCUUUAUGAUUAAAUUUAUAAUAUUAAAAAAUGA